AUGAUGGUGCCUCAUUGUGGUGUGUGCAGCCAUCGCGAGAUGGCGUUACGUGUGUUCAUAAUUCUAAUCCUUUCACAGGCGGCUAUUAGCAGUGAAAACUACAGAAAAAAUGGAUUUAUUGAUAGUUUGAAUAGUGGGAUGAAGUUUGCUACAGAUAUUCUUGGUACUGAAUCCGUGGCAUUAAAAGUGGCCGAGUUUGUGGUGAAAGCUUUUCAGACAGCAAACAAACCUGCCUCUCCCGACAGAAGAUAUCCUUCAUCAAUUAACGAACCUUAUGAAUCCGGGGACAGUGAAGAAAUUAAAUUAGACAAUCGACCUGAUUACGAUGUUAAUGAAGCAUCGAACCAAAUGACGCCUUUGAAAUAUUUGGUGCGACUGUUUGGACUUCAGCCUAAUCAAAUUAGUGCGGUUGCGGUGAAUGCGUUGGUAUUUGUAGCACAAAUGAUCUCAACAUUUUUAGCUGGUAACAAACGUCCCAACAGACCAUAUAGAUCUGAAGAUCCAACUACAUGGAUCCUGAAUAAGAGGUCAAGAAAACUGCAAGAACUCAUAACUAAAGCAAAAAACGAAUCUUUACUAGAUGACAUUGAGGAGCUUAUUAAGAAUCAAGGCGACGAAGAAGAGACGAGCUGUAUUAGGCUCCUAACCUGUAAAAUUACACCUUUUGUGCAUAAAAUGCAGAUAGCCGUGUUUGGGAAAGAGGUGGAAAAUAAGGACGACGUUAAAAAAAUACGUGGCGCUGCUGCCAUGUAUCGCCAUCUACCGACGGCGAGCGAAAUCAAUGAAAGAAGCGACAUCUCAGGUGUUAAUAACAACAAAAAUGGCAGCAGUGUGCCAGUGGGCCAGGGAAUGGUUUCGUGUGUCGUAGCGUGUGAUGACCUAGAAGGACACGCGUCGCAUUCCACUGAUUCGCAGGCUUUCGGCGAUCGCGAUCGUGACAUCGAAAAUAAAGACCGGUAUACACAAACAACUACAUAG